GUGAAAGUGUUGUACGGAUAUCUGCGGAUAUUUGAGCGUUCGCUCGGCUGUCGUACAGUAUUCUGGCUUCCCCUCCCCCUCUUCCUUUCCUCCUCCCCUCCUCUCUGCUCCGCUUUUCCCUCUUUCCUAUUAUCUUUCAUCUGAACCAUUCAUCCACGCACAAUUGCUUGCUUUCUGCUUUCUCUUUCAGCAUUCGUCCGAGAGCCGGGGCUACGGACCUCUGAUGGCUCGCUUUAUUAACUGCAUUAAUCUUUCCGAGCUCCAAAGAUUAAAAAAAAAACACACACUAUCCACUCUGGAAAAUUUGAGGGGUUGGCAAGGACAUGACUCUCUCUCUCUCUCUCCUAUGGCCCUCCCUCACAUUGUGCAGUGGAAAUGUGGCUUCCAGUUCCGGCCUUGACUUACUUCCUAAUUUCAGUCUCUUCGAAGGAAAUUCUCAUUCUAGAAGAGUCCAAAAGCGGGAAUAUUAAGAACAGGGUGUUUCAGGAUUUCGCGGAAAUAGUUACGGCAUUCUUUUGCAUUCUGCUAAUGGGCAACUACUUAAUAUCUUAAAAUAAACAUGUUUUAUUUUAAUUCAUAUCCGUAAGAUAUUUCUGAUCAGAUGGACCAAAAAGUAAAUUUUCAUUGUCUUAUUUUUAGGAGGAGAUCGGCUAGUGAAAGUUAAAAUCCCUAUGAAUGUCAUUACAGUAUUCAAGUGACUCCCUUUCCACCUUUUUGAAAAAUCCCAAGUGCACACUUCCAGGAAAUCUGGGUUGAGAACAAUGCGUUGGCUUUCCACGAAUUACAAAAAACAAGAUUCACAACACUCUGUGACGAGCAAAAGCGUGUCAUUAAAAAAAACAGGUUUUGUCGCACGGUGAACGUGAAGCUGGGAUUUGAAAUUGGCUUUCAUUUUUGCCAGAAGACAACAAAGGGGGGAUGUCAGCUUGAAUUAUCGCCCGCGGGCAGUCGAGGUCUUUAGACGCCGUGUGCGACUGACCCUGUUGGUCCUUGUUGCUAUGAACUAGCUAAUUCAAACAGAUCCAGCUCACCCUCGGGGCAGGGCAAUAUGAACAGAGCGCCGAGGGAUUUUGACAGAACGGUGUGGUGCGAGAAACUACCAUGUGUUUUUUUCCAACGCAGGCAUCUUGAUUUACCUAGCUGUGGUCUUACAUGCAAAGACGGAGCAAAGCAGUGCUUUUUCUUGAUUGUAGCAUUUGAUCCCAGAGCUGCGUGCUUGCUUGGAUGCAUCUAUUGCGUGUUGUUGGCAGUUUGUCCUAAUCAGAAUAAAAGAGAUAGCAGUGGCUGUGUUACGACAAGAUAACUGGAUCCUGCUGGGAUGGUUUAGAUGUCACUAACACAUAAUUUACGGUUGUAAAAGUUCACCUUCAUUACAAAUGGAGAAAACAGCUGGUUCUGUGUGGGAACGGAUGCGUGAAAGCCAGGGAUCUCUUCACAGAGGCAUCAGGCCUCCCAUAAUGAAUGGCCCUAUGCACCCUCGUCCUCUGGUGGCGCUGCUGGAUGGCCGGGACUGUACGGUGGAGAUGCCCAUCCUGAAGGACGUGGCCACCGUGGCCUUCUGUGACGCCCAGUCCACCCAGGAGAUCCACGAGAAGGUAUUAAAUGAAGCAGUGGGUGCUCUCAUGUACCACACCAUCACCCUGAUGAGGGAGGACCUGGAAAAGUUCAAAGCACUUCGUAUAAUUGUCUGCAUUGGGAGCGGCUUUGAUAAUAUCGACAUCAAGUCUGCUGGAGACUUAGGAAUAGCAGUCUGCAACAUGCCAGCAGCUUCAGUCGAGGAGUCCGCAGACUCCACCAUUUGUCACAUCCUAAACCUGUACCGACGCACCACCUGGCUGCACCAGGCUCUCCGGGAGGGCACGCGGGUCCAGAGCGCGGAACAGAUCCGGGAGGUCGCGUCGGGGGCGGCCCGGAUCAGAGGAGAGACGCUGGGGAUCAUUGGCCUAGGGCGUGUUGGACAGGCAGUGGCGCUGAGGGCCAAAGCAUUCGGCUUCAACGUGAUCUUCUACGACCCGUACCUGUCUGACGGGAUGGAGCGAGCCCUGGGGCUGCAGAGAGUCAACACCCUGCAGGACCUGCUCUUCCACAGCGACUGCGUCACCUUUCACUGCAGCCUCAACGAGCACAACCACCAUCUCAUCAACGACUUCACCAUCAAACAGAUGCGUCAGGGCGCCUUCCUCGUGAACACGGCGCGUGGCGGUCUGGUGGAUGAGAAGGCUCUGGCCCAGGCUCUGAAAGAGGGCAGAAUACGGGGAGCAGCCCUGGACGUCCAUGAGACAGAGCCCUUCAGUUUCAGCCAAGGUCCUCUUAAAGACGCGCCCAACCUGAUCUGCACCCCUCACGCGGCAUGGUACAGCGAGCAGGCCUCCAUUGAGAUGCGUGAGGAGGCGGCGCGGGAGAUCCGUCGGGCUAUUACCGGUCGCAUUCCAGACAGCCUGAAGAACUGCGUCAACAAAGAGUUCCUCACACAGACCACGCACUGGGCCGGCUUGGACCCGGCCGUGGUUCAUCCAGAACUCAAUGGAGCCUACAGGUACCCCCCAAGCGUCGUGAGCCUGGCUUCAGGGGGUCUGCCUCCACCAGUGGAGGGCAUCAUGCCAAGCACCGUGCCCAUCGCCCACAGCCUGUCCACCGCAGCCCACCCUCCACACGCCCCGUCACCCGGCCAAACCGGCAAAGCCGAACCCGAUAGAGAGCAGCACCCCAACGAACAGUUGUAGCCCCCUCUUCAAAGUACCACUAUAGAACUCUCCUGGUCCUUCUUUACCCCAAAGAAGAGGAGCGCAAACAGGCUCCCGAGCUCAGAACCAGCCACUAAAAAUAACCACGACUCCGAAGUAGCCAACUCUUCGACUGAAUUUGGUGGACUGCGCUCUUUGAAGUGUCUAGUGGGAAAAAAAACAACAAAAAAGAGAAAAUCUUGUGGAUUUCAAACUUCUCCCUGAUGCAAAAUCCUGCUGUUUUAGAUUGUAGUCUGUCCAAGUGCAGUGGGCGAUCUUUUAUCUGUUAUUUUGUCUGUCUAAUGGGUUUCAUUAAAAACAACAGUAGCUAUUACAUGAAUGUAACCUGUUUGUGUACAGUUUUUAGGACAUCAUCAGUGGUUUGUAGAUGAGAAAAAAAAACUGAAACCGCAUUAAGGGAGGCAUCUUACCACCUGAUUAUAGAUACCAUAACAAAAAGCAUAUUAGUUUCGCUCGUUUGAUUUUCAAAGCCCCGAAAGAGGCAGAAUUUGCACACCCUCUCAGGAAAAUUUAUUUCCCCCCCCCUCCCUUCCUUUUAAAUUAAACCACAUAGUGCAUUGUUUUUGUACCCAUUUGUCUUUUGUAGUCAAAUUUCAGUACAGUACUUUAAAUAACUACACUCAGUAUGUUUUUAUUUUUAGAGCAUGUAUUACUUUAUGUGUUAAAGGUUAAAAAGAAAACAGAAAAGUUCAGUUUUUGAACAAAAAAAAAAAACUAAAACAAUUUGUCUUGUGCAAAGCUGGCGUAAUGCUUGCCUGUUAGUGUGUGACUUGAUUGUACCGUGUUUUUCGAGGAUGCCGGGAUACUUGCAGCUCUCCAUCGCCUACAUAGUUUCCUUCCUGGUAAAGUGGUAGGCUAGCAAUAUACAUACUAUAUAUACUAUGAGAUAUUAAUAUUUUUCGUUAAACAGAAUCCAAAAAGAAAUGUUUGUGACUGUAUGCAUUUGUAUGAAUUAUUUUAAAUGAAAUAAAAGUCCGAGUUAAACGACACGGCAGCGUUUCUGUGAGUUGCUCUCGCGCUGAUGUCAUGCCAGAACAAGAGAAACAGUGCAGGUUCAGGUUUCCUUUGUAUUUGAACCCAUUUCAGAAUAUAAACACAAUCACUGUGAGCGUCCUCUUGUGGACGUUACUUCUGUAAUAUGCAGAUCAAAAGGUACCAAACCAGGCAUCAUGCUGAAAAUACUUCAUACAGGGGAAUUGGGAUUUAACCUCAAAGCUGUGAUCGAGCUCGCUCUGAAGAAUUUGUAUUAAAGGAUUCGUUCACACAAAUUUUAUGAAAUUUACUCUCUGUUCAAAACCCAUGUGAAAAUUGAGAAAUUUUGAAGAAUGUUCAUUGGGUUUAUCCAGCUCCAAAA